AUGGGCGGUAUUCCGUGGCAGUCGAAAGGUUGCCGAACUUGUAAACGUCGCAAGAUCAAGUGUGACAGACAAGAGCCUGAGUGCGGAAGAUGCAUCAAACGUGGCUUGAAGUGUGAAGGUUACGAUGGUAACCGCAUCUUCGUCCACGACGCGACCGUCAAGCCGAGGGGAUCCAACAACGUGGGUUCUUAUGUUAAGGGGGUGCAGAUUCCACCUGUCGACUGGGUCAUCCCACAAGUCGUUACGUCGGGACCUGCAUUGAGAGAGCAGGUCUUCUCGUCGUACAUCGAUAUCUUCUUUCCCAAUCAGGAGGCCCACUCCUCGGUAGAUCUAUGGCACUACCUGAUCUCGGGGAUUUCCGCGCUCCCCCAAAAGUCAACUAUGUUGCAAAAGGCCGUUUCUGCCAUCUCAUGUGCUUAUCUGGGAAAAUUAAAUAACGAUGACCGGAUAUUUCAAUAUGGAAUUCAGCUAUAUAAUAUUGCCAUACGACAUAUGUCGAGCAUGAUAAGCCGCGAUGCAUACUCCGACGAUAUCAUCUACACUACGGUUAUCUUUCAGGAGUUAGAAACGUGUUAUUGUCCCCAUGGUCUGCAAGCCUGGGUUGCGCAUAUCGCCGGGACCAACGCUAUUUUGAGCCACUACCGUCACCGAGCGGACCGGAGCCCUCUCGUCAACGCGAUUUAUCAUGAAUAUCAAAAACUAAGAAUUGUAUUCUCAGCAAAGGGAAUCAACAUGUCCCAAGAAGACUAUGAAUACGUAACUCAGCCAAGUGAAGGUAACCCAGUAGUCGAGUUGCUCAGUCUUUUUGCUGGCUUUGCACCCUUGGCCGUUGCUAUCAAUAAGGCUGAUCCUGCAGAUCAUGAAGGGUGCAAAUCUUUGCUGCAAAAAUGCCUAGGUCAUAAAAAGAAGCUACUAGCAUGGUCAUCGGAAAAUCUUCAAACCGGACCUGUCUCAUGUGCCCGGGGAGAAGUGCUGUGCUCUCAGCUUCCCCCGGCAGAUCAUAUGUUUGGAGCACCUUAUCGAUUUCUUUCACUCGAUAAUGCAAGACUCCAUACCAUGUUCUGGACAUUAGCUUCUAUUAUCCACCCUCUGAUCUCCCAAAUCAGAUCCCUUGUCAAGGCAUACGAGACAUCGGAAUAUAUUCCCAGCUCUCCUAUAGCUGGCGGUAUGCUUGAUGACGAGGAUUAUCUACUUUCCGGAUUCUAUGCCGAUCAGAUCGGACGCGCUAUUCCCUAUUGUGUUCAAGACAAAAUGAAAUCAUGGGGCGUCCAUACCGUUAUAUUCUCGCUCUGCCAAUUAUGCAAGAUUGCAGUCGAUCGUGGAAGUAUGGAGCAGUUUGAUUGGUGCCAGCGAGCUUUUAAACUCAUGGCCGAUCGUGGCUUUGACUCUGCCGCUCGGCUAAGCGAGGUUUUCUGGGGAAUGUGGUCUGUAAGAUCUGCGAUGGUAACUCCACCUACACCUGCUCAGGAGCUUCAACCCAAGAUUCCCAGUGUGACAGAAGGAUCAGAGAGCCCAGGUGUAUCGGGAACUUUAUCAGUAGCUGAGGAACAGUCAUUUGGAGGCACGGUGGUUGAGGUAACAUAA